AUGGAGGAGGGUCUGCAAGGGAAGCAGGUUCCAGGCUUGGAGAAACCAAGUUUUUCUAUAGGCCUCACACAAAUGGAAACUGACACUAAAACAGUCGAGGAGAUAAAGUGGGGUGGGAGUAAGAAAAGUCUCGAGCCAAAGGGACACUUGAAGCGGACUGGUGGAUCAAAUGCAAGCGGAAAUGUUCUUGGCCGUCGUCGUUCAAAAGAAUGUUGA